CAAAGUGUGCUUCCCACUAUCAGUAAAAGUAUUCGUGGAGUCAGGAGCAAUGUCGAGAUGGAGUGAAUCAGUCUAUAGCGAGCCGAAUUCGGCUAGAUCAUCACAUCAGGGAUUUCUUGGGGAACUGGAUGCUUGCCUCUAUGAGGGAGUGCCAAUGCAAGAUCCGUUGCUUGAUGCAGAGGCAAGAGAGUGGGCUGCCAGAUUUGUUCAUUUGAGAGUGCUGGGCGCUAAAUGUGGUAUACCAUCCACAAAGUCGCAAAACGACAAUCGACUGUCAUCAAAUGCCACUCAGCCUCCGUUCGAGAAAACUACUCCAACACCAUCGCGAACGGAAGCGAAUACAUUGACGAAAUUACAACACUGUAAAAAGAACUCGAAGUCUGCUCCGAAACCCCGCAGCGUCAGCGAUCACCUACCAAAGUUGUCAAAUGUGAAAAGAAGCAACACAUGCUUGAAUGCUUAAUUCUUCAUAUCUUCUGCUCACCAGUUUC